GGCCGCGGGGGCCCGGGCGCGCGGGAGCGGGAGCGGCCCGGGGCGCCCGAGCGCGCCAUGGAGGCGGCGGCGGGCGGCCGCGGCGGCUUCCAGCCGCACCCGGGGCUGCAGAAGACGCUGGAGCAGUUCCACCUGAGCUCCAUGAGCUCGCUGGGCGGCCCAGCCGCCUUCUCGGCGCGCUGGGCGCAGGAGGCCUACAAGAAGGAGAGCGCGGCCGCCAAGGAGGCGGGCGCGGCCGCGGCGCCGGCGCCCGUGCCCGCCGCCGCCGAGCCGCCGCCCGUGCUGCACCUGCCCGCGCUGCAGCCGCCGCCGCCCGUGCUGCCCGGGCCCUUCUUCAUGCCGUCCGACCGCUCCACCGAGCGCUGCGAGACGGUGCUGGAGGGCGAGACCAUCUCGUGCUUCGUGGUGGGCGGCGAGAAGCGCCUGUGCCUGCCGCAGAUCCUCAACUCGGUGCUGCGCGACUUCUCCCUGCAGCAGAUCAACGCCGUGUGUGACGAGCUGCACAUCUACUGCUCGCGCUGCACGGCCGACCAGCUGGAGAUCCUCAAAGUCAUGGGCAUCCUGCCCUUCUCGGCGCCGUCCUGCGGCCUCAUCACCAAGACGGACGCCGAGCGCCUGUGCAACGCGCUGCUCUACGGCGGCGCCUGCCCGCCACCCUGCAAGAAGGAGCUGGCGGCCGGCCUGGCGCUGGGCCUGGAGCUGAGCGCGCGCAGCCUGCGCGUCUACCACGAGUGCUUCGGCAAGUGCAAGGGGCUGCUGGUACCUGAGCUCUACAGUAGCCCCAGUGCCGCCUGCAUCCAGUGCCUCGACUGCCGCCUCCUCUACCCGCCGCACAAGUUCGUGGUGCACUCGCACAAGGCCCUGGAGAACAGGACCUGCCACUGGGGCUUCGACUCGGCCAACUGGCGGGCCUACAUCCUGCUGAGCCAGGACUACACGGGCAAGGAGGAGCAGGCGCGCCUGGGCCGCUGUCUGGACGACGUCAAGGAGAAGUUCGACUACGGCAACAAGUACAAGCGGCGGGUUCCGCGGGUGCCCUCCGAGCCCCCUGCCUCCAUCAGGAAGACAGACGAGGCCCCCGCCCAGCCCCCCACGUCUUCUGAGAAGGACAAGCAGCCCGGCUGGCUGCACAGCUUGGCCAGCCCCUCCAGCAAGAGCCUGGGCUGCACACACCCGCGCCAGCGCCUCUCCGCCUUCCGCCCCUGGUCCCCCGCGGUGUCCUCAAGCGACAAGGAGCUCUCCCCACACCUGCCAGCCCUGAUCCGAGACAGCUUUUACUCCUACAAGAGCUUCGAGACGGGCGUGGCCCCCAAUGUGGCACUGGCCCCGCCGGCUCAGCAGAAGGUGGCCAGCAGCCCCGCCUGCGCCACUGUCGCAUCCCGAAUCCCCGAACCACUUGCCACGUGUAUCCAGCCAAGGAAACGGAAGCUGACGGCCGACGCCCCCGGGGCCCCAGACCCACCCAUGCCUGCUGGCGCCCCUGAGGAAGACAAGGACUCGGAGGCCGAGGUGGAGGUGGAGAGUCGAGAGGAGUUCACGUCCUCGCUGUCCUCGCUGUCCUCGCCGUCCUUUACCUCAUCCAGCUCCGCCAAGGACCUGAGCUCCCCCGGCGUUCACGCCCCUGCCCCAGCUGGCGUCCCGGAGCCCGCGGCCCCCGGGGACGGGCCUAGCGGGGGGCUGGAGGCGGAGCUGGAGCACCUGCGGCUGGCCCUGGAGGGCGGCCUGGACAGCCGGGAGGCCAAAGAGAAGUUUCUGCACGAGGUGGUGCGCAUGCGCGUGAAGCAGGAGGAGCGGCUCAGCGCGGCACUGCAGGCCAAGCGCAGCCUGCACCAGGAGCUGGAGUUCCUGCGCGUGGCCAAGAAAGAGAAGCUGCGGGAGGCCACGGAGGCCAAGCGUAACCUGCGGAAGGAGAUCGAGCGUCUGCGGGCCGAGAACGAGAAGAAGAUGAAGGAGGCGAACGAGGCGCGGCAGCGGCUGCGGCGAGAGCUGGAGCAGGCGCGGCAGGGCCGGGGGUGCGAGCAGGGCUGCGAGGCCGGCCGCCUGCGCGCCAAGUACUCGGCCCAGAUCGAGGACCUGCAGGUGAAGCUGCAGCAGGCAGAGGCCGACCGCGAGCAGCUCCGGGCCGACCUGCUGCGUGAGCGCGAGGCGCGGGAGCACCUGGAGAAGGUGGUCAAGGAGCUGCAGGAGCAGUUGUGGCCGCGGCCGCGGGAGCCGGGCGGCGAGAGCGCGGGGCUGGAGCCCUGAGCGUGCGGACCGCCCACUCACUCAUAAGCUACGCGGCGCAGGGGACCCCCGGGUGCACCCCCGACCCCCGCGGCCGCCCGGGACAGCGGCUUUUUCUCCAGAGUCUAUUUUUUCAGCGACAAGGGCCGGGGUCCCUGUGCAGCCGCCGGGAGAGGGGGCCCGCCUGCCCCCGCGGGGGAGCCGAGGGGACCCCGCGCCUGGCCCCCUCCUCGCCCGCCCGCCCGCCGCAGCUCCGAGCAGAACGGCAUCAUUUCACUUUUCCUUUCGUUGGUUUGUUCAUUUAAAUGUCUAUUUAGAACUGCACUUUGUCAAAACUCUCCCCUUUUUACUCCCCGGUUAACUGAGGUUUCUACUCAGACAUCACGUUGUGGAAGAUUCUCGAGCAGCUCCGCCCUCAGUGCUCGCGUGUUGGGACCCCCUGGUGCUUGGUUGAACAAGGGAAUCACAAGAAAACGAAAAUGCAAAAACUGACCUUGGGGGGUAGUUCUGUGCCUUCCAGCAUCUUGUACAGCGAUCCUGACUCAUGUCUUUUUUUACCCAAAAUACGUCUUCAGUAGCGGUCAAAUCUGCCCUAUCAAUACGUUACCUGCAUUUAUUCCAAAUAAUCUCGUUUACUCUCGACUGUUUAUGCAAAUUGUAUAAGGUUUCUUACGCCCAAGCUUGAAGAUUGAUUUCCCAGCAGACGAGAGGCGGCCCCGACAUCAUGGCAUUCAUACACAUGCGGAAAGGUGGAGCCGGGUCUGGGCCCGCCCGCAGGGCCGCCUCGGUUUAAGGGGGGGACGGUGGUGCCAGCCCCCCGAAAGUGCAAUGCAAAAGGGACGUCGUGCGCAGCGUUUGUUUGGACUUGUUUUGCUUUUGUUUUCUGCAGUUUCUGGUGUGUGUGCAUGGAGCUGUACCCCGCCCUGCCCCCGGGCAUUAUCACCGUGUCCGCAGCUCUGCUGGUCUCGCACCUGAGGCCCCUGGCGGCCCUGGCCUCCCCGAAGCUGCUGCUGGCAGCCAGACCGCACGUUGUUUGCUUCAGGGAGUGAGGAGGGUUCCGAGUUGUGUGCGGGGCACCUGCCUGGCCCCCAGUGUUGGGAGAGCUGGAGCCCCCCACCCCCUUCUCAAAGGUCCUCCAGGCGGCCAGGACCUGGCGGGGCGGGGACAGACACGGCGCCCCACCCCCACCCCCACCCCGUUCACCAGCAGCUCAGGUGCCGCCUUCAGGGAGGCGGCCUGGGCGAGGCUGGCAGGCGCGGGCACCCAGGCCUCUCCCACCAGGGCCAAGUCCACGGGCAGGGCCCGCUCAGGACAUGCCCGGUGCCUGCCACUGAACCCCCGUGCCCAGCCCCCCAGCGGCCAUGGCGUCGCCAAGUGCCCCGGCCCCGUUUUUGCCUGCCGAAGGAGAGAACCAACAGCAAUAACGCAUCUACGAGCAGCUAACUCACGCCUGCCGCUUGGCUGCACACGUGGCCGGGGUGAGCGCGGACGUGUACAUACCCCACACUCUUGUACAUACGUGUACAUGUGCUGGUCCUGUUCCAGAACUUUCCUACCUGGUUGUCGGAGUUGUCUUAUUUUCUGGGGUGUUUUCACCUGAGGGAGGCUGUGCUCUGCCCCGCCCCCGUGCUGCGGCGCCCAGGUCAGACCCACUUUGUGUUCCAUUAAGGAAAAGGCCUUGGCCCGCCCGAGCGCCCGCCUCCGUCUGUCCGUCCCUCCUUCGCUGCUGCUAAUGACAAUAUGACUUACUCUACUAUCCGAAGACUAUUUUUAUGUAAUUAAUGUAUGCUUUCUUGUUUAUAAAUGCCUGAUUUAAAAAGAA